GCGCCUCAUCAAACGUUUCCCUCAAAACCCCACUGGAGCAGACUGGCAUCAUCCAGCUUCCACCAUGAACUGGCUCUUAAUUACGAUCGCCGUUUCCAUUGCCGGCAUUACCUUCGCCCUCAAUGCGGCGUCCCCGGGACAUGAGCAGCUGCUCGACCAUGACGUUCUUUUUGUGUUUGCACACCCUGACGACGAGUCUAUGUUCUUCGGGCCCACAGUAGACUUUGUUAGCCGACGCCGGCACGGAGGCGUCCAUUUGCUAUGCCUUUCUAACGGAAAUGCCGACGGCUUAGGAGCUAUUCGCGCCAAAGAGAUCGUAGAGGCCGCUUCCCGUUACAAGAUCCCCGCGUCCAAUGUCCACGUUGUUGAGGAUCCGAAGUUGCAGGACGGCAUGCGGAACACGUGGUCGACGACUGCCGUCGCAAGUGCCGUUGGAUCCGCUAUAGAGUCCGCCAAGUCUGCUGGCCGCUCCAUUUCAUUGGUCAUCACUUUUGACGGCUACGGCAUCUCUGGCCAUGCAAAUCACCGUGCUUGUCACCGUGGCGUCAUUGACUAUGCGCGGGAACACCGCGGUCUGCGCGUCUACACACUGGACUCGGUGAAUAUUCUGCGCAAGUACUGGACGCUGCUGGACGCGACGUUCACCUACUUGACUUACCGUUGGGGCUCCGAGCGCCGGGUAGUCGUCUGCGCUGAUCACCGUGCGCAAGCGCGGAUUCGCGAUGCAAUGGUGGAGGCACACAAGAGCCAGAUGGUCUGGUACCGUCAAAUCUGGAUUAGUUUGUCUCGUUACAUGAGCACCAACUCUCUCCGUCGGGAACUCUAGCGGGGAUAAUGUGGGGAAAUGUGGGGUUCGCGCAUGUGCUCCACCGGAUUGUCCAUCCAUUCCCGGUUGUAUGAUAUCAUUCCUACGCUUGUCGGACAGGAUCCGUCUUUGAGCGUUUUGACACUCUUUGGGGUUUUUUAUAGUAAAUUUAUGAUUGUGGAUGAAA